AUGUAGGUAAUGUCAUACACUGAGCUCGAACAUGGCUAUCAAGGGUUGCGACAAGCUACACAACCGCAGUUUUAUGUCGGCGACGACGGAAAUCUUGUCCCUUUAAGAUCUCCCGGCGAAUUGGAUCUCUGCGAGUCCCUGGAUCCGCACUGCGAUGGCGGGGGCAAGAAGGUGGUGGUCGGCGUAUGCGCCAUGGCCAAGAAGUCGCAGUCGAAGCCCAUGAAGGAGAUCCUCACGCGCCUCGACGAGUUCGAGUUCAUCAAGAUGCUCGUCUUCCCCGAGGAGGUUAUCCUCAAGAAGCCGGUCGAGGAGUGGCCAAUUUGCGAUUGUUUAAUCUCAUUCCAUUCGAAAGGCUUCCCCCUCGAUAAGGCCAUCCAGUACGAAAAAUUGAGGAAGCCGUAUGUAAUAAAUAAUCUACACAUGCAAUAUGACAUACAGGAUAGAAGAAAAGUAUACGCGAUAUUAGAAAAUGAAGGAAUUGAAAUACCGAGGUAUGCUGUCUUGGAUAGAGACUCUCCAGAUCCUAAGCAUCACGAAUUAGUCGAAUCAGAGGAUCAUGUGGAAGUGAAUGGAGUUGUGUUCAACAAGCCAUUUGUAGAAAAGCCAGUUUCGGCAGAGGACCACAACAUCUAUAUAUACUACCCCACGUCGGCGGGCGGAGGGAGUCAACGGCUGUUUAGAAAAAUUGGAAGUAGGAGUAGCAUUUAUUCACCAGAAUCCAGGGUAAGGAAAACUGGAUCUUUCAUUUACGAAGAUUUUAUGCCGACAGAUGGUACAGAUGUCAAGGUCUACACAGUCGGGCCGGACUACGCGCACGCCGAAGCGAGAAAGAGUCCAGCUUUAGAUGGAAAAGUGGAGAGGGACUCCGAAGGGAAGGAGAUCCGAUACCCUGUUAUAUUGUCUAACCAAGAGAAAUUGAUAUCUAGGAAAGUCUGUUUAGCUUUCAAACAGACUGUCUGUGGGUUUGAUUUAUUACGAGCCAAUGGCAAAUCGUUUGUAUGCGAUGUAAACGGAUUUUCAUUCGUCAAGAACUCCAACAAAUAUUACGAUGAUUGCGCCAAAAUACUUGGGAACAUGAUACUGAGGGAACUGGCGCCAACUCUGCACAUUCCCUGGUCGGUGCCCUUUCAGUUGGACGACCCUCCGAUAGUUCCCACGACUUUUGGGAAAAUGAUGGAACUCCGAUGUGUGGUGGCCGUAAUACGACACGGAGACAGAACCCCUAAGCAGAAGAUGAAAGUCGAGGUUCGACAUCCAAGAUUCUUUGAAAUAUUCGAAAAGUACGAGGGUUUCAAGCGUGGCCACGUGAAGUUGAAGAAGCCGAAGCAGCUGCAGGAGAUCCUCGACAUCGCGCGCGCGCUGCUGGCGGACAUCCACACGCGACACGCCGACCCGGAGAUUGAGGAGAAGCAGGGGAAGCUUGAGCAGCUCAAGAGCGUAUUGGAAAUGUACGGCCACUUCUCAGGCAUCAACCGCAAGGUGCAGAUGAAGUACCAGCCGCGCGGUCGGCCGCGCGGUUCCAGCUCCGACGACGGUAACGCGCCCGCCACGCACGGCUGCGACGGGGAGCCCUCGCUGGUGCUGAUACUGAAGUGGGGCGGCGAGCUGACGCCGGCCGGCCGCAUCCAGGCGGAGGAGCUGGGCCGCAUGUUCCGCUGCAUGUACCCCGGCGGGCAGGGCCGGCAUAUACCAGGUGAAGGUGGAACCCAAGGGCUGGGUCUGCUCCGAUUGCACUCGACAUUCCGCCAUGACCUGAAGAUUUACGCGUCGGACGAGGGACGCGUGCAAAUGACCGCGGCCGCCUUCGCCAAGGGACUGUUGGCGCUGGAGGGGGAACUGACCCCCAUACUGGUGCAAAUGGUCAAGUCUGCUAACACCAAUGGGCUGCUUGAUAAUGACUGUGAUUCUUCUAAAAUGCAAAAUAUGGCGAAGGCGCGCCUGCACGAGGCGAUGCAGGUGGACCGCGAGUUCACGAGCGAGGACCGCGCGCGCAUCAACCCGUGCGCGUCGCUCAGCAUCGCGGCGGCGCUGGACUUCGUGAAGAACCCGGCGCAGACGUGCACGCACGUGCACGCGCUCAUCAAGCACCUCGUGCGCAUCGUGCUCGCCAAGAAGGACGACCCCAAGACUAAAGAUACAAUAUUAUACCACGGGGAGACGUGGGAACUAAUGGGUCGACGAUGGGGGAAGAUCGAGAAGGACUUCUGCACAAAGAACAAAACGUACGACAUAUCGAAAAUUCCCGAUAUCUACGACUGCAUCAAGUACGACUUGCAACACAACCAACACACGCUGCAGUUCGAUUUGGCUGAGGAACUGUACAUUUACGCCAAAUAUUUGGCCGAUAUUGUUAUACCACAGGAAUACGGGUUAACAAUGCAAGAGAAACUGACAAUAAGCCAAGGCAUCUGUACGCCUCUGCUCAAGAAGAUACGCGCAGACCUACAACGGAACAUCGAGGAGUCUGAAGAGAAUGUCAACAGGCUUAAUCCGAGGUACAGCCACGGUGUGUCGAGUCCGGGACGGCACGUGCGCACGCGCCUGUACUUCACCAGCGAGAGCCACGUGCACUCGCUGCUCACUGUACUGCGGUUUGGCGGACUACUCGAUAUCUUAAAUGACGAGCAAUGGAGGCGAGCUAUGGAGUACGUGUCGAUGGUAUCGGAACUUAACUACAUGUCGCAGAUUGUGGUCAUGCUCUACGAAGAUCCUACCAAAGACCCUUGCUCAGAAGAAAGAUUCCAUGUGGAGCUGCACUUCAGUCCUGGUGUGAACUGCUGUGUGCAAAAGAACUUGCCUCCUGGGCCCGGCUUCAGACCACACAGCCGCAACCAUUCCACCACCAACAACUCGCAGAGUCCCUCCGACGAAGUGAAAUGUAUAGAAGAGGAAGUAGAAGAUGAUCAGAUGGCUAGCCAAGAGACCUUACAACCUGAAAAUUUGGACGAAUUGGACAAUACAUUUUCGCCGAGAAAACUGUCCAGCUCUAAAUUGAGACCGUCAGAUCCCAUACCGAUUUGCAAUCUCCACUACACGGUGAGUGGUCACGAGGCGUCGACGCUGGCGGCGCGUCUCAGUGAGGAGCUGCGCGCUCGCUCGCACACGCCCAACCAUCCGAGCGAAGAAAAGGAGUCCAAAGAGGCAGAAGACCCGCAGCCGCGCGCGCGCAGCUACGACCAACACAAACAGACACACGACAAUGACAUGCCAUCACUAAUCGUAUCGCGAUCCGCGUCCCCCCCACCGUCGACCCCUCCCACCCCGCUGGUGGCGCCCGCCGUCAACGUGGAGGGCGUAGAGUCGUCGACGAACGAGCUGCCGCUGUCGGCGCUGACGUUCGGGGCCGGGGCGGAGGGCGCGCGCGGGGCGGGGCUGCGCUCGUGGCCCGCGUCGCGCGCCGCCUCCCCCGCGGCGGACUGUAGCGUGCGCGGCGCAGGGCGGCGCCAGCGGCACAGCAUCGCCGGCCAGAUGAGCUACCUCAAGAUGCUGGGGCUGGCGCGCGGCCGGCUGGCGGGCGCGCAGGGGCUCUUCAGCACCGCCGUCAUCUCCGGGUCCAGCUCCGCGCCCAACCUGCGUGUUAUGAUCCCCGCUGCCAACGCCUCCAACACUGCGCUGGAAGGGUUCGGCGGGGUGCCGGCCAUCCGCCCGCUGGAGACGCUGCACAACGCGCUGUCGCUGCGUCAGCUCGACGUGUUCCUGGAGCGCGUCACCGAGGCGCCCGUGCUGCUGGGCACGCCGCCCGCGCACCCCGCGCCGCCGCCCGCGCCCAAGCUGCCUUCGCCCACCAACAGUGUCGGUUGGAGCGGUCCGUCAUCCCUGAUGUCGUCGUCCGGAGAGCUGCCAAGCGGCCUGUCGUCGGCAGGCCCGUCUUCACCCAAUUCCAACUACGCGUCGAACUCCGAGCACAACAAGAAUAAUUCAUCCGAGAGUAGCAAUUGGAGUAGAAAUGUGGCGAGCAAAGCGCCCGAGUGGGGCGAGGCGGCCACCUUGUGCGCGCUCUCCAGCGGGCUCUCCGCGCUCGUGCCCGCCGCGCGCGCCGCAGGUUCGUCUAUUAGCGGCGACGUGACGCCGGCGUCGCUCGCCUCCGAGCUGGAGUUCCACAGCAACGAGGCGACCGCCGGCUCCAUCACCGACCAUGACAUAUUGAGUGCAGAAGGUGAAGAUGAUGAAGAAACCUUAUCGGUUGACGCGUGCGGUUCCCCCGCCAGGGUCAUAAAGAAUGACCUCACCCCUCAGAACGAGCCAACAAACUCAACGAAGAUAGAUAGCGAAGAAUCGUCUACGCCUGUGCCUCUAGAUCUCUAUGGACUCAGUUUCCAUGAAACAAAGGAGAACUUUUACAAAGAAAUGCCUUCGAGCAGUAAAAACUUAUACGUAGAUAGUGACAAAAACAAAUGUGCAAUCGGUCGUUUGAAAUACGUCAGCAGUAUAGACUCACUCAACCUACAGAGUAAGGAUACUAAAUGCAAAAUUAAAAAGAAUGAACUACUAAACAAUGGCAGUAGAAGAUAUAGUGACAGCAGUGCACAAAAAAGUAAUAACAAUUCUCAAACAGUUUCAGGCAGUAGAUUUAUUACAACUUUGGUUGACGAGGAGUUAUUUAGAGCUGGAUCAUCCACUGAGAAUAAACCUUGCAUUGAUAGAAGCCAAAGUGUACCAAAUGACACCGGCCCUCUGGUAACUAAGGCUAAGCAAGGCAAUGUUAAAAGAGGCUUCACUAUCAAUGAAAAUGAAUUUAGUUAGAAGACUACUCAUCAAUGGUAGUAGAAGAUAUAGUACGCGAAAGAGUAAUAACAAUUAUUCUCAAACAGUUUCAGGCAGCAGAUUUACUACAACUUUGGUUGACGAAGAGUUAUUUAGAGCUGGAUCAUCCACUGAGAAUAAACCUUGCAUUGAUAGAAGCCAAAGUGUACCAAAUGACACCGGCCCUCUGGUAACUAAGGCUAAGCCAGGCAAUGUUAAGAGAGGCUUCACUAUCAAUGAAAAUGAAUAAGACUACUCAUCAAUGGUAGUAGAAGAUAUAGUACGCGAAUGAGUAAUAACAAUUAUUCUCAAACAGUUUCAGGCAGCAGAUUUACUACAACUUUAGUUGACAAAGAGUUAUUUAGAGCUGGAUCAUCCACUGAGAAUAAACCUUGCAUUGAUAGAAGCCAAAGUGUACCAAAUGACACCGGCCCUCUGGUAACUAAGGCUAAGCCAGGCAAGAGAGGCUUCACUAUCAAUGAAAAUGAAUUUAAUUAGAAAACUACUCAAAAAUAGCAGUAGAAAAUACAGUGCGCAAAAGACUAAUAACAAUACUCAAACAGUUUCAGGCAGUAGAUUUACUACAACUUUAAUUGACGAAGAGUUAUUUAGAGCUGGAUCAUCCACUAAAAAUAAACCUUGCAUUGAUAGAAGCUAAAGUGUACCAAAUGAGUGACUAGGGCAAUUUAAGCCAGGUUUCACUAUCAGUGAAAAUUAAUUUAGUUAAAAAUAGUUCUAAUAAAAUAUUUUAAUCAAUGAUCUUUAAUCACAGUACAAUUAUUUAUCGACAUUGCUGGCUACCUAUUGAUUUUUAGCAUGAGUUUUAUUAAUUUUUUCGAAUAUUUUUAUAUGUUUUUCAAUAUUAUUCCAUAUAAUAUAAAAUGUAUUUUUUUACAUAAACUAUGUAAUUAUUUAGUUAAUUUUAAUUAACAUUUACCUACGUUUUCGAGUCUUCACAGACAAAGGUGUGAUAUUUAUGUAUUAAGCUUUCCGCUUGUCCAUUAACUAAUAAAAAUAUUUGCAGUAGAUAGUUUCUAAGAAUUUUGACAAAAUAUAUUGCUAUGAAUAAC